AUGCAUCGCGCUAACGCUGUGUACGUACUGGGCAGCGAUCAGCGGUCGCGCUACGGGAAAGUAAUCGACGUGGCUACUGAUGGUGUUCUCGUCGAUCUCAGUCCCCAUCGACGACGUGAAUAUGUGCCAUUUACCAGCGUUUUCCGGGAACCCGAAACGAUCUCAAGAAAAUUUAAUGUUGCGCUUUCCUUACCAGAAGUGUACAAGGUGGAGAUUCUCGUGCCGGAGACGCCAGCGGGUCCGUGGAUUUGGGUCCGCGGUGAGAUGCACAGCAUGGGACCUGGUACGCCGCUGGUAGAUUUGGGAUCGGCCGUUUUCCACUGGCAAAACCCGGGCACUGAAGAGCCGUGCACGGACAUUGUCCCCGUCGAACGCGUUCGCUUUGAUUCGGAUUCUGGCCGAAACGCCAGUCUCCGCGAUCCCGUCUACCCCGGGACAUUUAUCAAGCGCAGCGUGGACCUUGGGAUGGACUUCCGCUCAAUGUCCACGGAGGGGGCCCAGGCGCUCGUCAAGCGAUUGAACGGCAGCCUAAUACGACAAUUUUUUAGCCAGGACAUCGCCGUGGUGGGCCUCGCGGAUGGCCAGUUGGAUUACAUUGCUAAGCUGGAUUGUCGCAAACUACCUGAGGUGUUCCCAAGCUACUUGCAGCAUCAAUUCGACCGGUUUAAUGAGCAGUUGUUGUGUAUGGUCGAACACCUUUCUUACGAGGCUCCGGCCAGUCGCUACUGUAAGGCAAUGGCGUUACCGGCCGAAUUGUGGCAAGAGAUCUUCGCUGGUUUGGACACCGUGCAGCAGACGCAGCUGCGCGCUGUGUGCGCUACAUGGAACCGCAUCAUGAAGGCGCCCGCGCUGUAUUCCACCAUCGUCAUUCGGACUGAGCAACCCAGCUGCUCGAGCCGUUUUGCCGGUUAUUUCGGCUUAGCGACGGUGUACCACUGUCUACGCCCCGGCACGCAGCGCGUUGUCAUAACGUGUUCCGAGGACGGACAGUGGCGCAUGGGCUAUGCAAUGACGAUGUUGGACCUGAUCAAAUAUACGGCUGAUUAUCAUGCCGGUAUCCGUCUCCGUUCCCUGUAUCUGUACCACGCCCGUCUCAAGUUGGUGAUUAACCGCGCUGUCACUCUUACGACCGAUUGCGACCAGCACCAGACGGACUUUAAAAUGCCGAGCCCUGAAGAGGGCUAUGCGUGGCUGAAGGAUUUCCUUGCUGUAUGCCGUGGCGUGCCGCGUGAUGCCAUCCACAUCGUGCCGAACCGGGUGGCGUCGUUAUCCUUCGUCAUUUAUAAUAAUCUGCAUUUUACCAUGGGAAGGGAGCGCCUGACAUUUGAAAACUCAAUCAACAUGCGCACCGUGCGACUGAAGUCGGGUGUUGAUUUCGGCGGCGCAUUGUGGGAUGCGUGGGAGACGACACUGCCGGUAACGGGUGACGAGGAAGUUCACGCACUCCAUUGGUUAAAAGGGGUCCGCGACGCGGAAACCAAGAGAUUUCUCGACAGGGUAGAAAUGACAGUUAUCAAAUGUGUUCUGCGACCACGAAUAUUUUAUUUCAUAGGUGGUGUGCGCUCUGGAGUCCUUUUUUGUAAAGGGUAGUUCUUUUUUGUAAGAGUCCUAUGUGGCUCUGUGUCACGUAAUAGUUUGUUUUUGUAGUUGACACUAAAAAUUUUUUGCAUCAAGCUGUGGAAUGUGGAUCCGUGGUCAGUGUCAUCAUGCACGUUUUUUCUGUUUAUGCAAGUGCGCGGCUUAGCUGCUUGCUUGUAUGUAGCUUUUUAAUUUUCCUUAUGUAUUUCCUCUCUUCAUUGC